UGUUUGAUCUUAUGUAGUACCUGUUUGUUUUCACAACUUGUGUCAUGUGUUGUGUUGUGUCUGUAAGCAUUUGACUCGGUGAGUUUGAAAAGCGCUGAAUCUGGCUUCAGUCUUCAGCUUCACCACCUGCAUCUAUGGCUAAACCCCGCCACCUCAUUUUCCUUUUUUUUCUUUUUCUUCUUCUUCUUCUCUGUGCCACUCUACAAUCUUCUUCAGCUUCAUCCUCCGAUCACCUCUACGAUGUUGGAGAUGUUGUCCCAUUCUUUGUCAACAAAGUAGGACCCUUCAACAACCCCAGUGAGACAUACGAGUUCUAUGAUUUGCCAUUCUGCACCCCAGACCCAAUUGUCAGAAAGAAAGAGUCCCUUGGGGAGGUUCUUAAUGGUGACCGUUUGAGCAAUGCAAAGUAUGAGUUCAAGUUCAGGGAGGAGAAGAUUGAUGAGACAUUGUGCCCUAAGAAGCUUACAAUUGACCAAGUUGCAAUCUUGAGGCAAGCUAUAAGCCGCGAUUUUUACUUCCAGUUUUACCUGGAUGAUCUUCCAUUCUGGGGGUUCAUUGGGAAACUUGAAGAGGAUGGAUGGACUCCUGGUGGAGGAGGACCGAACUAUUACCUUUUUACUCAUGUUCAAUUUGAUAUUCUUUACAAUGGGAAUCAAAUCAUACAAGUAAAUGCAUUUGGCGAUCCGAAUCGUGCUGUAGACAUUACUAGUGAUGUUGGUGUUGAUGUUAAGUUCACCUAUUCUGUUAUCUGGAAUGCCACUAAAGUACGUUUUGAGAACAGGAUGGAUAGAUACUCUAGAGCUUCGUUGAUGCCGGUUCAUCAGCAAAUUCAUUGGUUUUCAUUUGUUAACUCAAUUGCCAUCAUUCUUCUUUUGAUUGGUUUGCUUGCCCUGCUUUAUAUGCGGCAUCUGGGAAGUGAUUUGAAAAAGUAUUCUAAUGCAAAUGAGGAAGAUAAGGAGGUUGGUUGGAAGUCCCUCCAUGGCGAUGUAUUCAGACCUCCUUCAAACUCGGCCUUACUUUUUGCUGUUGUGGGAACUGGUACCCAAUUGCUAAUCUUGCUUUGUGUCUUGCUGUUUCUAGCACUUAUUGGCACCCUCUAUCCCUACAACAGAGGAGGACUGUUAAAUUGGCUUGUCUUGCUAUAUGCUCUCUCAUCUGUUUUUGCUGGGUACACUGCAGCAUCCUUCUAUGGCCAGUUUGCCGAGAAUGGAUGGGAAAAGACUGUUAGUCUAGCAGGGAUUCUUUACACUGGACCAGUGUUUGUUGCAGCUUCUAUCCUCAACAUUGUUGCAAUAUCUUACAGGGCUACAACUGGAUUCCCAUUUGGCUCCAUUGUUGUCGUUCUUGUUUUAUUCACAUUUCUUGCCAUCCCAUUGCUUGCAUUUGGUGGUGUGAUUGGAUAUCGUUUUAGAUCUAAAUUUCAAAUCCCCUCUGGUACAAAGAGACAUUCGAGAGAUACUCAACUGCUUGCUUGGUACAGGAGAACGCCGUUUCUAAUGUUUCUUGGGGGACUUGUGCCAUUCAGUGCAAUUGUACUGCAACUACACCAGGUGUAUGCUAGUAUGUGGGGCUACAAAAUAUACACUCUUCCUAGCAUUUUGUUUGCCACAUUCAUACCAGUCAUUGUGAUCAUUGCACUUGUUAGUAUUGGUUUGACAUACAUUCAACUAUCCGUUGAAGACCAUGAGUGGUGGUGGAGAUCAGUGCUGUGUGGUGGCUCAACAGCCAUUUUCAUGUUUGGAUAUUGUAUCUACUUCUACGUGAGAUCAAAUAUGAGUGGAUUCUUGCAGCUAUCCUUCUUUAUUGGCUAUAAUGCAUGCCUAUGCUACGCUUUCUUCCUAAUAUUUGGUGCCAUUAGUUUCCGAGUUUCAUUUCUAUUCGUUCGCCAUAUUUAUGAUGAUGUUAAAAGAGAGUGAGUCAUCUAUCUCAAAGCACAAAGCAGUAUUGGUUGUAAUGUAAGGUAUGAUUCAAGGGUAUCUCAAAGCACAAAGAAUUGAUGGACUACCCUUCAGAAAGUGAAGUUUACACAGUAUGUUGGAAGGGUAUCUUACAAGCACAUUUGUGCAGACAAUGUAUCCUUUAUUUUACUUUUCUCAACUGCAUCACUGCACAUCUUGAAAGAGGAAUUGAUUUUAAAUCAUCAAGUAUAACUAAAGUGUGUCAAAAUUAAUUCCAACUACCAAUUUUACAUUAAAAUGUGUGUAAAAUGUGAAGAAUUGAUUUCUAAUACAACACAAACAGGUCCCAAGUCCCCGGGUUCUUGUGAGUAACUUUCUUUUCGGGUGUUACUAUUGUACUGAACUUUGUCAACCAGGAAUUGACAUUGAUAUUAACGGUUGAUUUUCUUUUUCGUUAA